UUCUAACAUUUUGAAUAACAUUUUUCAGAUUUUCUACAGGGUAGUAGAAGUCAGUGAUGUCAGUGUGAUGUGCUGGACCAUUCUCAGAAAACAUUCUCAACCUUCUGGCAAUUUCUUUUCUUUUGUCUAGACUGAGUAUUAAUACAUUGAGACAUGGUUGCAUUAAUAAUGUGAUGAAACAAAAGCUAUAGUUCUUAUCUACACACCAUACAAACCUUGUGACAGCACAAAACAAAUUCUAAGGAGGUAAGAAGUGUUAUGUGUUCCUAGAAAUGUGAUGUAACCGACGGAAGACUUUUUUUUUAUCUGGUCGACACUCAAAAAAUUUACCCAAAACCACCAAACUUUUCUUGUAGCUUGUGAAGAGAUAAGGAUAAGGAUGAUCUUUUUCUCUUUGAAGUUAUGUCCUUCACCCAAUCGCUAUGUAGAUGAACAAAUCAUGUCCCAUAAUGUAAUGCUCAUUUCAGACUAAAGAUGUGAGCAGAUGGCAAGUGUAGUGCUGGGUUUAGUCAUGCAAUGCCCUAUCUAUGGAUGACCCCCAGAUAUGGAGAGGGGCAAAAAAAAAAAAUCACAAAGUUUUGAAGUUUUAUGGGAAUAAAAGGAAUCUAGCACAUUACAAUGACAUAUUCACCAACUGCCACUGUAGUAGAAUCUGAUAAGAUGAAUCAUGGCUUAGUUGCCUUCCUUCUGAGCCUUGUCAUUUUAUGUUUUAAUGUAAUGCAUGCAGCUCCCAGUGAUACAUGUAGCAAAUAUUUGUGCUCCACCCCAUUGGCUUCAAUCAAUGAGUAACUGGUAAACAGGGAAACCCUAAAGACUAGGAUGGCAAUUUAUUUAAAACUCAUUUUCAUUCAAUGCAAAGCUCUGCUAGGGUAUUAAGACAUUCAUGUUAUGUUUAUUAAAAUUGAAAUGCAAUAUACAAGGUCCGUUCAAAAGGCAUCCAACCUUAGGUCCCUUGUAACACCACACAGUCCAUCAGGCCUUCUAUUGCUGGAAACAUUUCUGAAAGUUCUAUUCUGGAAAGGCUACCAGGUCACAUUCUGCAUGUCAUCUUUGUCCUCAAAUUGGGACCCUUUCGGUUUUCCCCUGCCAAAGACCACUCAGAACCCUGUUUUGGGUGCAGGAAACCUGUUAAACCAAUGAGAGUUUGAAGUGGUGGUGUUUGGCCAAGAAACCCUGGAUCAGGUGCUGAGGAGCCAAAGUAUGUUGUGAUGCUGCUGCUGGUUGCCUGAUUCCCACAAAUCCUGGUUUAUUUUCUGCAACUUAUCCAAGAUUUUUUGGCCUGAUUUCUGACUUCACUAAGUUGAGAAUGCUGUCAAAAGUGUCCUGAUUUGAGAACUGGGAAUAUUGUAAUGCAGAAUUCAGCAGUGUACCAAUUAGGCCCAAUUCAUGCUACAAGUUCUGUGGGUCCAUCUGGACAUGGAGUGCAGCUUCCAUGGUGUCACUUCAUAAAUGGAGAAAAUUCAUAGGAGCUGUCAAAUUUCUUGAGACAUGAGCAUUGUUGCCACUAAUCAUGAAACAUGUAAACAGAUGAAUUACCUGGAAGGUUUCAGUAACUUUACUUUUAAUUUUUUCCAUCCUAUAAGACUUGAACCAUUAUUAGUAUAAAGAUAAUUUAUCAUAGAUUGCAACACAAGCAGCAAUGUCUGCUAGAAGUGUCAUAAAGUUUGAGGAUGCCCUCUGCUUUUUUUUUUUUUUUUUUUUUUGUUUCCAUCCAAGCAAUAAAGCCCAUUGGAAUAAGUGGCUAUUGUUAAUGUAUUGUGUACAGUCACUGCCCAUAGUAAAUAACCAAGACCUGCUGUAACCAGCGCCAUAGGGUUGCAUGCCCAAACAUAAAAUGCUUUUGUUUACCAGGGAACACAUGCUGAGAGAGAGGGAGAGAGAGAAUGAGAACAAAUCUGAGAUAGCAUGAUCCAAGGUCAUUGUCUACUGUUACACUAGAGUAGAGGAUAUGUUUGGACACAACCCUGUUAUGGCACUGGCUGUGACAUGCUUGGGGUAUUUACUAUGGGCAGCGACUGUACGUCACAUAACUAGUACAAAAUAAGAGCAGUUUGGAGAUACACAAAGAGUAGGUGGAGGACAGAUGGGUAAAGAUUUAUAUACUUUCCACAAGAUGUUACUACUAUGGUAAAUUCAUUUGAAGUAUUGUAAAUGAUUGAAAAAUCUUGCAGGUUAAGCUAAGUUUCAGUUAUUUCUUGGAAACAUGAUUUUGAUCAUUCAAAACUUUUGUUUUAUAAAAUAGUGUUCAUGUCUCACAGGUGUACAUGUAUUCCCUCUUUGCAUUGAAUGGACAAGAGUUUGUCACUGAUGAUGCAACUUGUUUCCAGACAGACAUAUGAAACAGCUAAUGUGAAGUGGGCCUUAACCAUUCAAGAGCAGGACCCCUAGAAAUGUUAAUAUAGGUGAAGUUCAUAGACACAAGGAGCCUUCUUUGCAAGGCAUUACAGUUAUAAUGUAGGAAAUGGGCAACUUUCUACCCCUUAUUCUUAGGUUGGAUGCUUAGGUUGGAGACCUCUUUUUUUGCUUUAUAUUCCUCCUAGAUUAUUAAUUUUGUCCGAAUGAGAAUGGACUGCAACAUUUGGUAAAUUUGAUGUUUCUUUAAAUCUAGUGUAUGGCUUUGGUUUUGAGAAGUGUAAUGAAUUGCAAGUAAAAAAUAGUGUGAUAUAGGCUGAAUGGACAACUGAUUGAUUUAAUGUAUUACUUUAAUUAUUUUCUACACCUGCAAAUAUUGAGGCAUAGAAGAGCCUUCACUUCUUCACUAAGGACUAAAGAAGAAAAGGGAUAGGAUCAUGGCAGUGUAUGCUAAAAGGAACAAAAACAGAAAACAAACAUUUCAGGGUGGCAAAACCAUUCUGAUGCUGGCACAUGCAAGUGAGAUCCAGAUAUGGAACAAAAAUCAAAUAUGUAUUUAUAAUUCAAGCAGUGGAAAUGAAUUACAGUGGUCACAUUUCUCUGGGGUACACUUCUCAAGAUUACAAUAUGCUUAAAUACUUACCAAAUAUACCCCAUUGUUAGUCUCAUGAAUCAUGAUUCACUGUUUGCAUCUUUAUGCAAUACAGCUGUCAGCUAUGUUUGGCAAAGCAACUUGGAUGUGGAAUCAUGUCUGUCAAGUUCCUUUUGUCCACUUGCGUCAAUCUCGUCAACAAGUAUUUUAUUGUGAAAUGAGGCUUCCUACCAACAGUGGCAUCAACAUCAACUGGUUAGUCACCUGACCAGUGUUUCUCAAGGCUGAGAGAUGGAAAUAGAUCCACUUCAGCCAAGCCUCUUACAACCAUUCUAUCAGUUGGGAACUUUCUUGUUAUCCUUUGUCAUUCAAGCAGCAGUGCUGAUGUUAAUGAUAUUUUUGUCGAAGUAUGGUACACUGUGCUUGUCUGCAGUAUAAGCAACCUUUUAAGAUACUUUUCCACAAACAAAACUUAAGGUUAAAUGAAGUUACACUCAAACACUGUUGGAACCACAAUGUCAGACCAUAAACAAAAAAAUUCAUUAGCUUUAAACAGUUUUGAAAUUAAGGCUUUAAUGAAUCCUCCCAAUGAUAAGGAGGUAUACUAAACAAAAAAGGGGAGAAAAAAAGGUGGUUAGUAGGUAAGAUGCAUCACCACAACUUCCAUUACAUUUAGCAACAUCUUAGUUGUUCAAAAGUAGGAAAUCUUUUGUUUUUGUUCUCUUACUGCCUUUUAUGUCUGUGUAUACUAAGUUGUCAGUAUAUAGAAGGACAUACAAGUACUUGUAGUACAUGAAAUGGGGAUCAGAAACCCAUAAUAUCAAUUAAGCACUCUUCUCUAUAUCUCAAUACUUCAGCCUCUUUAGGUUUGAGAAAUGUGAACUUGCUGUGCAUACUCAAGAAGUCCCUGUGAGAUGCACAGGAUGAAUGGUUCAUGUAAUAAAGAUGUACAUAAAUUUGCUGUAUGUAAUAGGGGAGACAGUGCAUUGUGGUGAUGUUAAAACUGCAAAUGGUGAAAAUGAGAACAAAGAAUAUUGAAAGAUAUGUAGAAGAAUAGUUUCUGUGAAUGCGAGAGGGUGACACUAUGAAAAAUUGUAAGAAUAGUAUUAGAUUUUGCAGUGAAGUGAAAGGAUGAGAGCAAGUCAGAUUUCUGCCAUGACCAUUUCCUCAAAGGAGUUUGCAAGAACUAGUAUAAAAAUAAUGAAUAGAAUAUUAUGUAACACAAGUUACAUACAGUGAUUAUUAUUGCGUGUUGUUCAGAAACAUUGUACACACAAGAAAUAUCAUCUACAAAAUGUGUUAGGUGUGAUGGUGGCAUAGAUGCUUGAAGAAGAAAGAGCACCAGUGAAUGAAGUUGAAAUGUCUCACUCCAGUCACAAACAUCUGCAUGUCAAGAGUAAUGGAGUUUUUUGGAGAUGUGAGAACAGCAUGUGGCCUUGAAACCCUCAACCAGUACCUGGAGAACCGCAGCUACCUUCAGGGACACACUCCCUCUCGCAUGGAUGCCCAAGUAUUUAAUGCACUUUCCAAGGCUCCUCAGGACACUUACAGUCAUGUUCUUCGUUGGUACAACCACAUCAAGUCCUUAGAAGUAGAACUACGGUUAUCUAUUGGAGAAGACCCCACAGCAGUUAACAUGUCAGACCACCUGGACAUGAAUGGAGAGAACCUCCAUGAUGAUCAUGAUGAUGAUGAUGACAGUAAGGAUAUGAAAAUGGGCUCUGAAAAUGAAAACUGUGAAGAUGAUGAUAUAGACCUUUUUGGCUCUGACAGUGAAGAAGAGACUUUUGAGGCUGCUAGAGUAAGAGAACAAAGGCUGCUUGAAUAUGCUGAGAGGAAGUCAAAGAAGUGUGCACCUAUAGCAAAGUCAUCUGUUUUAUUGGAUGUGAAACCAUGGGAUGAUGAGACAAACUUAGAGGCCAUGGAAGAACAUGUACGAUCACUAAGAAUAGAUGGCCUGCAAUGGGGUGCCAGUAAGCUAGCUCCACUGGCUUAUGGCAUUAAUAAAUUAUCAAUUCUUUGUACUGUCGAAGAUGAAAAAGUUUCAAUUGAUGAUUUAGUAGACAAAAUAUGUGAGUUUGAAGACUAUGUGCAGUCAGUUGAUAUAGCAGCUUUUAACAAGAUAUAAGAAAUAGCUAAUGAAUCCUUUGUAUUCCUUGUGUGGAUUCAACAUAAAGCAUUCUUCAUAAAACAAGUAUUUUACUACAUAAACAGCUUAGAGUUUCAUCUAUCUUAUUAAUUCUAAGUAAUCUUAUAAAUUUCAGUGUUUAAGUAACCUGAUUUUUUUCUGAAAUGCUUAACAAAGUCAUUCUCAAUUUCUUAAAGUAUACAACAAUUAAACAGCCAACUGCAUUUGUAACAGAUAUUUGUAAUAAUGACGCACACAUGUCAGGAGAUUAUAAACAAAAAAGACCUUCAUUAUCCUUCUCCAGAACCUUUGAGUCUCAUGUAGGUUGAAAAUAUAUGAGAAUUUGUUUAGUAUGUAUUAUUAACACAAUGUUUGCAAUGCUAUUAAAGAUGCAUUUAUUUACCCAAA